AUGGCGCAACCCACGAGCCAGCAGGGCUACUACGAGUUGUACAGAGGCACUUCCAUCGGCCUCGCUCUCGCAGACACCCUUGACGACCUGAUCAGCAGCCGCCGAAUCGAGCCCCAGCUCGCCAUGCGCAUCAUGGCCAACUUCGACCAAGCGAUCGCAACCGUUCUCGGAGACAAAGUCAAAGCGCGCAUGAGUUUCAAAGGACACCUGGACGUCUACCGCUUCUGUGACGAGGUCUGGACCUUUGUGAUCAAGGACGUCAAGUUCAAGAUGGACAACUCGCAGCAGAUCGAGGCGGAGAAGGUCAAGAUUGUGGCGUGCCAGAGCAAGGACAAGGCUGCGUAG